AUGAACAUCAACUUCCCCCGUGCCGAGGAGGAAGUGUUGCGGCACUGGAGAGACGUCGACGCCUUCCACACCCAGCUGCGGCUCACCGAGGAUAGCCCGCGCUUCACAUUUUACGAUGGACCGCCUUUCGGGCUGCCACACUACGGCCAUCUCCUGACGUCCACCAUCAAAGACAUCAUCCCACGAUACUGGUCCAUGAAAGGUUUUCAUGUGAGGCGCCGCUUUGGCUGGGAUACACACGGAGUUCCGAUCGAGUACGAGAUCGACAAGAGACUUGGCCUGUCCGCGCGUGACGCCGUUCAGCAGAUGGGUAUCGAAAAGUACAACGCCGAGUGCCGGUCCAUUGUGAUGACAUACUCGACCGGGUGGCGGAACACUAUCGAACGUCUCGGCCGAUGGGUCGACUUUGACAACGAUUACAAAUCGAUGAACAUCGAGUUUAUGGAGUCUUGCUGGUGGGUUUUCAAGCAGCUGUUUGACGGCGGCCACGUGUAUCGCGCUUACCAGAUCAUGCCGUACUCGACUGCCCUCUGCACGCCGCUGAGCCACAUGGAGGCCAAGGAAAACGAAAAGCUGACCCAGGACCCGGCCGUGCUUGUCUCUUUUCCCGUGACUGGCGUGGAGGGUCGAGAGUCCACGUCGUUGGUCGUUUAUACCACGACGCCCUGGACAUUGCCAUCGAAUCUACUCAUCGCCGUCCACCCGGGAUUUGAGUAUCUGGAGAUCCUCGACGGGGGAACGGGCCGCCGAUUCAUCACAAUGGAGAGCGGCCUGCAAAUGUUGUACAAGGACCGGAAGAAUGCAAAGUACAAAGUCCUCGAGAAAUUCCUAGGGAAGAAUAUGGUGGGGUGGAAGUACAAGCCCCUGUUUGGAUACUUUGAGAACUCGUUUGCCGACUGCUUCCAAGUCAUCGCAGCAGACUACGUCGAGGCCGGUGAAGGUACUGGGCUAGUACACCAAGCACCGGCGUUCGGGCAGGAAGACUACGACGCUGCUGUGGCUGCUGGCUUCAUUUCACCCGACCGUCUCCCGCCGUGUCCUCUCGACCACGCCGGCCGGUUCACUGCAGAAGUCCCCGAGUACGCCGGGCAACACGUCAAAGUCGCGGACAAGGCCAUUCUCAGAGACCUCCGGCCCACCGGCCGACUCCUCGUCGAAAGCCAGGUGUCCCACAACGACAAGUUCUGCUGGCGGUCCGACACACAACUCAUUCGUCGUGCCGUUUCGUCGUGGUUCAUCCGCGUGACCGACAUUGUGCCCGAGAUGCUCCAGAAUCUCGAGACCACUACCUGGGUGCCGUCGUUCGUCAAGGAAAAGCGGUUUGCCAAUUGGAUCGCCAACGCCCACGAUUGGAACGUCUCGCGCAACCGGUACUGGGGUACGCCUAUCCCGCUGUGGGUAAGCGACGAUUAUGAAGAGGUCGUGUGCGUAGGGAGUGUUGAAGAACUCAAACGGUUGAGCGGGUUUGAGGGGCCGCUCGAUGACCUUCAUCGCGACAAAGUGGACGGCAUCACCAUCCCAUCACAAAAAGGAAAAGGGGUUCUUCGUCGAAUAGACGAGAUUUUCGACUGCUGGUUCGAAUCCGGGAGCAUGCCAUACGCCUCGGUCCACUAUCCAUUCGAGAACUCGGAUCGGUUCCAUGAUGGGCUCUUCCCGGCCGAUUUCAUUGCGGAGGGCCUCGACCAGACACGUGGUUGGUUCUAUAACCUCAUGGUGGUCGGGACCCGGCUUUUUCACAAGUCGCCGUUCAAAAACGUCAUCGUCAAUGGCAUCGUGCUGGCCGAAGAUGGCAAGAAGAUGUCCAAAAGUCUCAAGAACUACCCGGAUCCAAACACCAUUUUGAACCAGUACGGGUCAGACGCCCUCCGUCUCUACCUGAUCAACAGCCCGGUCGUGAAAGGAGAGUCGAUGCGGUUCAAAGAGUCGGGGGUCAAGGACAUCGUGGCCAAGGUCCUUCUGCCGCUCUGGAACAGUUACCGCUUCUUCCACGAACAGGCGAGUCUCUAUAAGAAGACGACAGGGCGUGAUCUCGUUGUAUCCGCCUCCUUUGGUGAUCCCCCGACGAAUGUGAUGGACCGGUGGAUCUUAGCCGACUGCCAGAGCCUUUUGCGCUUCGUGGAAGAGGAGAUGCAGGGUUACCGGCUGUACACUGUCGUACCGCGUCUGCUGCAGGCCAUCGACAGCCUGACUAAUUGGUACAUUCGCUUCAACCGCAAGCGGCUGAAAGGGGCUGCCGGCCUUGGGGUGGACGAUACCACUACUGCCCUAGCGACGCUGCUGCGGGUUCUCUUUACACUGGUCCGCGCACUGGCCCCAUUUAUUCCUUUCCUGACCGAGCACAUUUACCAACUGCUGCAAUCCCACCUGACCGAGGUUACGGCUCAGUAUGUCGACGCUAGAAGUGUGCACUUUCUGUCUUUUCCAGUCGUCGAGGAAGCCUUGUUUGACGAAGCCAUCGAACGUCAAGUGUCGGCCAUGCAGAAGGUCAUCCAGCUCGGCCGCGCCGCCAGAGAGCGCCAGGGAUUAUCCCUCAAGACACCGCUACUAUCGCUCGUGGUGAUUGCCAACGAGCAGUCUCUAGCGGAUGUGGAUACGCUGAGGUCCUACAUACAGGAAGAGCUCAACGUCCGAGAUAUCGUCCUGGACGGCGACGAGACCCAGUACAACAUUUUGCUCGAAGCUCGCGUGGACUGGCCGUCGCUGGGGAAAAAGCUAAAAGGCGAUGUGCAGGUUGUUCGUAGGGCUCUACCGACGCUCACACAGGAACAGCUGCGCGAGUACCAACGCACAAAAAAGAUCACGCUCCACGGUAUUGCUCUAGGUGAGGGCGAUCUCACUCUGGUACGGGUGAUUGGAAAGACGGACGCCUCAACGGAAGACAAAUCGCGGUGGGAGCCUGCGUUUGCAAAUGACAUGAUUGUUCUGCUUGAUACCGCUCCGCACCUUGAACUUGUAGAAGAUGGGCUGGUUCGGGAGCUUAUCAACCGAUUCCAACGGUUGCGCAAGAAAGCUGGUCUUGUGCCGACCAAUGACGUUCUCAUGAGGUACCGUGUCAUUUCAGACCCGGACGGGGUUGGGUUCAAUGGCCUGGUCUCCACGCGACGGGAGAUGUUUGAGGCGGCACUCCGAGGGGUUGUCGAUGAAGUAACAGGAGGUGAGGACGUGAUUGCGGAGGAGAAACAGGGAUUUGCGGGUGCCGUUAUCAUGCUACAGUUGGCCAAGGCUUAG